UUUACUUAGAUUUAGAGUGGAUGUAGUGGACCUAGUGGUUAUACAUACAUAUCAUGCAAGUUUAAGUAUCAACCAAUGACUUCCUCUCAGCUGAAAGCAUAUCUUCUUCUUAAAAAAAAACUAUUCGGUGUGUCUAGAAAUGGUAAGGUGAUAGUCAGAUUAGAGUUGCAAAGAUUUUUGUUGCUAAGUGUAAAAGAAUCACCCUUAAGAUUUUGUUGUUUAUUAAAAUAACUAUACUACUAAAGAUUUUAUAUACUUUAAACAUAUAUAUAUUAAAAAAUGAAUUAGUAGUUUAUAACAAAUGAAAAUGAAUAGCUAACCAACUAUUAUGAUAUAGUUAUUUUAAAAUAUUCUUUUAUGUAAGUAAUCUUAUGAUAUACUACUUUCUUUUUGAUAUAUACUACUCGUGCGUAUAAAAAAGUUCAUAUGCUAUAUUAUUUUAAUGUACUCCUGACCCGACUACUCGCAGUGUGUGCAAACUCGUAACACACAAAUAUCAAACGAAACAUUCGGACAUGAUUGUGUUGUUUUACGAGUGUGCAUGCAUGUCUAAAUAGUUUUUUUUUUUGUCACCGCAUGUCUAUAUAGUUUAGUUUACAAAUAAAAGUAUUCUUUUAUUUCACGUCUAUAUCACAGCCCAGUAGUAUGUUCUAUACCUAUAUUAUCGUAUAUGUUUAUUCCUAUUGAUAUUUUCAGUCACCAAAAAAUUAUUUGAGAAGUUGAAUAUAAUUUUCGAGACAUUAUUUGAUGAAUUGCCAUAUGUUAUCACCAAACUAUUUUUAAAAAGAAAAUGAUGACAUGACAUAUUAACAAUGAUGACAUGAUUUGAAGCUAAUUAUGAUAUGUACAUUUACAUUUAUAUUGAUUUAUAUUUUUGGUAAUUUUUAAAAAAUAUGAUAAUAAAUCAUAUAUCAUCAUUAAUAUAAUAAUCAAUCUUGAUAUUAUUUGAGAAGUGAUUUACCAUGUGUUAUCUCCAUACUGAUUUUGAAAGAAAAUUAUGACAUUGCAUAUUAACAAUAAUGACAUGGUUUAAAGCUAAUUGUGAGAUGAAAUUUUGGUAAAUUUUUUAAAAUAUGAUAAUAACUCAUAGAUCAUCAUUAAUAUAAUAAUAAAUAAUAUAAUAGUAGACACAUGAAUAUAAUAAUAUUUAAUUUUGGAAAUAAUGUUUAAUUCUAUAAUUUUUAUUACUAAAAUAAUUCUUCAAAAUUUUAUGCAGUGUUAUAAAAAUUAGAAUUUUCUAAUCUCGAUACCAUUAUUUUCUUUUUAAUAUCUACAAAUUUUAAAAAUAUUAUUCGUUUUACGUUUUGUUAGUUAUAUACCUAAAAAUGUUUUUUCUUAUUUUUAUAGAAUUUGAUUUAAUAUUUUUAACCAAAAAAAUAGAUAAAUUUUUUUCCAAUAUUGUAAUUUAAAUAUACACAUAUAAUUAAAUUAAAAUUUAAAAUUAAAUAUUGUAAGCAAAUAAUAAAAUCUAAAAAUUAACAAAAAGAUGUUUUUAAAUAUAAUUUAAAUUUUAAAACUUUUAUUUCUAUAUAUACAUAUGGUGCAUGAAAACGCCUACAAUCUCCCAUAUUUAAACAGUAAAAUAUACUAGAUCUUUGCCCUCUUUUGAUAAGAUGAUGUAUCAGUAAUUAGCUCCACCUCAUUAGUUCGAUUAAGGCAAAUGAUAACCAAAAAACAGUAAAUAAAAUGUUAAAAGCAAUAAUGGUAACAAAAUCAUUUUGAUGCAUGAAUGAUUACAAAAACAAAGUUGAUCCAAAGCCACGUUUACCAGUUCAAAGCAGACACAUCUACCAGUAUUAUAUCUAACCAUAAACUUACAACUUCUGAAUUAUCCUUUUUGUUUUGUUCAGUUUAUAAAACUCAAAGCCUUCCACAAUUAAUGGAGUCAUAAGCUGAUCUAGAUAGAGUUUAGUAGAUUACAGAAAACAUGCAUGAACUUACUUCUACGUUCGUCUCUCGUUCCCUCGUCCCGACCACUUACACACAACCACCUCAACUCCGACCAAAGUCAAUAGUUCCCAUGACCGUUUGCAUGGACCAAUCACGCAAGGAGAAAGUGAUUGUCAUAAUGGGAGCCACGGGAACAGGCAAGUCACGUCUCUCAGUGGGCCUAGCAGCUCGUUUCUCCGGAGAGAUCAUCAACUCUGACAAAAUGCAAUUCUACAACGGACUGGAGAUCGCCACUAAUCAAAUCACUAUCCCUGAGCGGUGCGGAGUCGCUCACCAUCUACUCGGCGAGCUUCCUGUAGAUGACAGUGAACUAAUUGCCUCCGAGUUCCGCUCUGUGGCGUCACGGUCUAUCUCUGAGAUAUCCUCUCGUGGGAAGCUCCCGAUAAUAGCAGGAGGAUCUAACUCUUUCGUACAUGCCCUCCUUGUAGGUCGUUUUGACCCCGUAACCAAUCCAUUCUCUUCUAAGCCGUCCAUUUCUUCUGAGCUGAGGUACGAUUGCUUCUUCCUCUGGGUGGAUGUCUCGGCCUCAGUUCUGUACCACUACCUCUCAAAACGUGUCGACAAAAUGAUGGAGUCGGGAAUGUUCGAGGAGCUCGCAAGUUUCUACAACCCUAGAAACUCCCGGUCCACAAUUCGAACCGGGAUUCACCGGGCUAUAGGAGUACCGGAGUUCGACCGGUACUUCGGAGUCUACCCGCCGGAGAAAAGCCACAAUGUGUUCGAGUGGGACCAAGCGAGAAAGGCGGCGUACGAGGAACUAGCAGUGCAUGAGAUCAAAGACAACACGUGGCGGCUUGCGAAAAAGCAGAUAGAGAGGAUCAUGAUGCUGAGAAGCAGCGGUUGGGAGAUUCACAGGUUGAACGCUACGGCGUCGUUAAGGGCAUCGUCAAGAGAGGUUUGGGAGAAGAACGUUUUGAGGGAAAGCGUCAAAAAUGUGAAACGCUUCUUGCUUACAGACUAGAGGAUUUAUAUACAUAUAUAAUAAGGAAAACAAUAUGUAUAGUCUGUUUCAAAAAAAAAUGUAUAGUUCAGCUACAUUUUAAGUGUCUUUAUAAGUUGGCUUGGGGACUUGGCUAUAUGUAUCAAUAAAACUAUAUCAUUGCAGUUUUACAUACUAUACUGACGUAAUUCACGAGACUACUGUAUAUGGGUGUUACACUAUAUCCUUCUUUAACGCUCAUAGACAUUCUCUUACUGUGUUAAGUUUAUAUGUAAAACCGCAAGAUGGCUUCUUCCAGUCGGACUCUCCGACUUCCUAUGAAAUUAUCGUCGAGGUAACUUUGUUUUGACCGGGAAGGUUCUGAGAAAAAUCAUCCUUAGGCUUUAGGUAAGGCGGCAGCGAUGGCUCGGGAUGGUCGUCUCUCCAGGAUUUUUUUUAAUGGUUUCUUUAUUCUGAUACCUGAUCAAAUCUAGUUUAUUUUUUUGUUUUAGUUCUAAUUUCUUGUAUCCAAUCAAUUUUUGUAAACCAUUUAACUAUGUCCCGUUUGGAUUAACUAAAAAAAAAUGUAACUACUGAAUUUAUAACUUCUUUUUGUCAAACUUAUAAAUUAACUAGAUAUUAGUACAUAAAUCCCUUAAUUGUUAUGUAACGUUACCCGGUCUACAUCUUGUUUUUUUUCUUCUCUAGUGCAUAAGUUGGUAUGAUAGUCCAAGUAGUUAUAGUUUGGUAGUUGAUACUAAUUAUUCUAAGAGGAAGAUUAAUUUUGAUAGUUAUAUCAUGUCGUGGUCGUUGUAAAGUACAAACGGAAACUCAGUCACCUUAAAAUAAUAAUCUGAAGCAAAAGAUUAAAGAAACAUUUCUUCAUUAUUCAGAACAAAAACAUUUAUUUUCCCGUUUUGUUCCCAGAGUUAAUCAUAACUACCAAUUUUUUUUAAAAAAAUUCGACCUUGUUUCGAACUUGGCUAUAACUAACAAUAUCAUUAUAUAUAUGAUACUGCAAGUGGCGACAACAAUCAGGUGGUUCCUUUAAUUAUUGAUUCAGAUGAACCUGACUUGUGAAUUUAUGAUCACAAUUCACAACCAAAAAGAUGAGUUGCUGAGUAUACUCGGUGGUUCUUUCUGAAAAAAAAAACAAUAAUAAUUAAAAAGUACUAAUACAGAAAAACUAUUUACAAGAAAAGCCAAGAGCAUAUGAGUAGGUCAGAAACCGAAACCAUUAGAAUUUAUCUAGUAAAAAUAUAUUAAUCUUAAAAUUUUAAAUUAUAUUAAAUUUCAUAUUUUUCAUAAUGUAAGAUGGUUUAUAGAAAAUUUGAUAGUAUUUCAAAAUAUCUUAAUAUUUUUAAGAUAACUUUAAAUUUAUUAAAAAUGAUUAAUCAAUAGUAUUUUAUUAAUUAUUUAUUAUUGGUUAACAUAAUUUAAAUUUAUAUUAUUAAUAAGAUAAUCUUUUUAAAAGUAAAGUUUUAUGUAUUUAACCAAAACAUCUUACUAAACGGUUGGAGUAAUUUUUAAAAGACCCAGUAAAAUAUUAAUUAAAAUAUUUUUAUAAACUCUGAAACAAUAAUUUGUUUUUUUGUUUGUUUGGUGAGAACCUCUCCUAGCUGCUGAAGUAGGAAGCAUAAAAAGAUGAAUGUAAACAUUUAUAGAUCGUUUAAACAAUGAAUGAAAAUUGGUGCACAAGAAACAUUUAUGGAUCUGAGACACUUACACAGAUCCCGACGCCAACUGAAAACGGGCUCACCAACUAACGGUCCACUCUCAAGAAUAAAUUCCUUUAAAAGGUGUUUUUUUUACAUUGUUUGACCUUUUUAAAGGAGUAUUAUAUUUGAUCCAAAAAAAAAUUGAUAAAAAAAAGGAGUAUUAUAAAACUCUAACUCAUCGAUUGACUUUUGUUUUUAUGGUUACCAGAAACCGAAUACGCAAGUAUGAAGAUUCAGGGUAUGAAUGGUGACCAGGGAACGGUGGGGAAUAAUGCAUUCCCUAACGUUCCUAAAAAAAAUCACCAUUCACAAGGAAUAAUAAUUCCUUCUCAUUCCCUUUCAUUCCCUUUUUUGUAGAGAAUUUAAGAACAAAAUGAUUCCUUGUUAAAUUUGAUAAGGAACAGCCAUUCCUUUUCGUUCUUGAUAUUUUGUUCCCGUACAUUCCUUUUUUAUUCGUUCCUCUUGAUUCCCGAAUGGUCACCAGUCAGACCCUCAGAGUAGCAAUGUAAUUUUGUUAUGGGCAUGUACGUGUAGAUAUAUAAUAGAGACUAUAAGAGUCGGUUUUUGUUAGGAUAUAAAAUGAUCCAUUUUGGAAAACUUAAAAAAUAAAGAAAAAAUCAAUGUACUAACCUCUUUUUAUUGGUUUGAUUUACAUUAUAAACGGGUUUAAUAUAUUUUUUAACCAAUCGGAUUUAAUCUGUUUAUUUUUAUUUUUAUCUUGUUGGGAACCAAUUCUGGUUUGCUCUUUCAACAUGCUGUUAACUCCUCGAUAAUUUAUUCAAAACGGUCCCAAUUCAUUGGAAUAAUAAAGAAUUAGUAGUGGUACUAUGUAUCAAUACAUAUGUGAUUAAAUGUGCAAACCAUUAUUGUCGUUUGUAUCUUUGCUCUUCAAUACGAAACUUAAGUUAUUUACAAUUGCUUUUAAUUACGGGACACUUUACAGUUGAGUUUUAGUUGAUCUGGCUCUGGCUCAAGCCUCAACCUCUAUAUGAAGCUAUCUUACAGUGGUUUGAACAAUGUACAUGAUUUCGUAGAACAUGUCAUGAAAUGAUGUAUAUGACAAAAAUAUGUUGUUGAUGUGUAUUUUGACUAAAAGAAAGAAACCUACAGAUGGACAAUCUAAAAAAUUUAAUAUUGAAAAUAUCAAAUAAAACAUAAGAGUCUAUUAGUCUAAAUUUGAUGUUUAUUAGUACGGAGUAGUUACUACCACACAAUUCGUUAUCAUUUAGUUAGGUGAAUUAUAGGUGUUUGGCACAUAAUUAAUUAACCCUCUCAAUUUUUGUAUUUAUUGUUUUCAUGCAUAUUCAAUCAUUUUGAUGCUGUUUAUUUCUUAGGGUAUGAAGAUAUUGUAAUGACACUUUGUACUCUCUCAGUUAGUAAAUACUCUGUUGUUCCUUAAAAAUCCAAUUUUUUUUAGAAAAAAAAAUUGUUUCAAAAAGAUACAUUUCUUACAUUUUCAAUACAAUAAUUAAUAAAAAAUUGUAUUUUUCAAAAAAUACAAUUGUGUUUAACAAAAUCUCAUUGGUUAAAAAUUAUUGAGAAUAAUUAAUUAAGAAAAACAAUGUAUUGGAAAAUACAAUUUUAAAUUUUUUUUAAUAAGUGUGAAAAAACUAUAACAUGGAUCUGUUAGAAACAGAGGGAGUAUAAGAUAUUUUAAGUAAAACACACUUAUUAAAUAAUUUUUUUUAAUUUCAAAAGUGUCAUUAAAAUUACGAACUAAAACAUUGUCAACUAAUUACAAAAUAGAACUAUUAAAUUUGAUUGAUUACACAGUUUUUGAUAAAUUUAAAGUUACCUAAAAAUAUUAUUGGAAGUUGGAACGUAUUUUUUAGACAUCUUAUAUUUCGGAAUGGAGGGAAUAUUUGUUAAUUUAUAAUUUAUUAUUUGCUAUAUAUAGAGUUGGAUUUGCUCCAAUGGUUCACUAUAUUAUAGAGUAACUCUAUUAUAGAGUGAACCAUUAGAGCAAAUUUAACUAUAUAAUAGAGUUACUCUAUUUUAGUGUAAAUUAUAGAGGAAAAAUAGAAUGUCCUUGGAGAUGCUCUUAGGCUAAAGAGAGAAACCACUCAUCCUACCAAAAAAAAAAAAAAAAGAGAAACCA